ACAUUACAUAACGACAUGCAUUAUGUUUGCCAUUGGACAAGGACAACAGGUAUGACGUGGCCGACACUUUUAUUGUUUUAAAAUUGUGAAAAUAAGGUCACUUCGGUAUGGAAAUCGCGGUUGGAUAUGCGCUCCGAAAACUUUUGGUUUACUUAUCAGCUGUGGCCAUAAUUUGCUAUGCGAUCGUGAAGAUGUGCCUGCUUAAACUAAUUUACAUCAUAUCUCCGGGACUGGCGAAAACGAUCAUUUUAAAACUCGGGGAGAUGUUUACGAUGACGCAAAAUCCCAAGUUCAAGUACGAAGACUGGGGUCCGACUUUCUUUUCUCCGGUGUUCGUCAAAACUGUGAUCUCCGCGAACUGGUGCACGCUUGGCCUGGAGGCGUUUGAGGGGUACACGGCUCCAGAUACGCCUGUUUAUACAAUGGAUGGUCAGAAAACGAGUAUUCACCGUUUUCUUAAAGAGAACCGUCCACUGGUUCUGAGUUUUGGAAGCUGCACUUGACCCCCAUUCCUCUACAAACUUGAUGAGUUCAAACAACUUGUCAAGGAUUUCAGAGACUUGGCAGAUUUCCUUGUUGUUUACGUCGCAGAGGCUCAUGCAACCGAUGAUUGGGCUUUUGCAAACAACGUUGACAUCAGGGUUCAUAAGAACAUGGAGGAGAGACUGGCUGCAGCCCGGGUCCUAGUCAAAGAAGACCCACUUUGCCCUGUUGUAGUGGACGAAAUGAGCAAUAUCACCGCCAGCAAGUACGGGGCUCUUCCUGAGCGACUGUACGUCCUUCAGAAUGGGAAAGUUAUCCAUCAGGGUGGCUUCGGACCCUGGGGGUACAGGCCUGAAGAAGUUCGCAAAGUCCUGGAGAAAAUGAAAUAAGAGGGGUAUAGAGAAUAUUUGAGCGGUGGGGGUCAAUGGUCUAAUUGACAUCAAAUGUUCGUUGAAAAUGGCAUAGAAAUUUAAUAGAAAUGUGUGGAACCAAUAUGAAUGCAAAGAUUAUAUUCAUAAAGUAGGACAAUUUGAAAUUAGACCUAUUAUAGAAAUUGAUAUUUAUACUUUUACAUUUUUAAUUUCUCAGACAUCCACAGUUUCUAGUGUCUGCGUCCCUGUGUUUGUUUGUGAAAGGUACAGAAUAAACCAACUGGUCUCUGUAACUUGAUGUUUCAAACACAGAAACGGUGAGGUAGGGCUUGGAACAGCGUUACUGGUGAAUGUUUCCUGUCAAGUCUAUAAAUGGAAAAAACUAAUUGUAUAUCAAAAUGUUUUUAUGGUUUUCUAUGUUUCUGUUCCGUGUUUAGUUAUAUGCAUAUGGGCAUUUAAUUGUUAUCAUGUUUCUCUAAUUUUGUACAAUUUAACUAUACAUUACGCAUAAUGAACCUGUAUGUUCUGACUAUGGGCAAGCUAAGAAAUUAUGAUUUUACAAUAUACUGGCAUUUAAACAGUUAA